UUUAAACCCACAGAUCUCUCUCUCUACAAAAAGCUGUUUCAUAAAUCAAAACCCUCUUUCUCUCUCUCUAAAAGUGAUGUCUAAUUUCAAGAAGAAGAAAUUUCCCAAAUCCAUUUUUGCCCCCACCGCAGCCGGCUGCGGCGGCUGCGGGAAGCCGAAACCCUCCGAUAUCGUCGAGCCCGAUGCGAAGCCCUCCGGCGCCGGCGCCGGCCACAACCCAAAACCCAGAUCCUCAUCUUCCAGCUCCGGCGACCGGAACGGCGGCAUCUCUCUCGAAGACGAAGACUGCACCUCUUCCACCACCACCACCAUCUCCGGACUCCUCCUCAGCCCGCCGCCGACGACCACGAUCGGCGGCAGCAUCAUUGCCGUCGAGAAGAAUUCCGACGACCCAUAUGAGGAUUUCCGGGACUCGAUGCUCCAGAUGAUAAUCGAGAAGAAGAUUUACUCCACCGCCGGCCUCCAAGAGCUUCUCAAUUGCUUCCUCCAUCUGAAUUCUCCGUUCCACCAUGAAAUUAUCGUCAAAGCUUUCACCGAGAUUUGGGAUGAGUUCAUGUCCCACAGCCACGGGAUCUCCGAUAAUUCUGGCCGGAAACCGCCGUCCGCCGGUGAAGGUUGAUGGUUCGGAGAGGUGGCACGUGCGACAGCCAUGUGAGGGGCAUUGAAUUUGCCCACAUGAAAGGAGGAAGAGGGAACUGCAUGGCGAGGGCAUAUUUGUCAUUUCACCAAGAGUUAGGUCAAUGAUUUAAUGCUGGUUUCUCAUUGAAAAAUAUUUAUCUAAGGUUUGGAACAUUUUUUGAUCAUUUUUUUUCUUUUUCUUUUUAAUAUUUGCUGUAAAUUACUGAAAGGUAUACUAUUAUUAUUAAUUAUAUAAUAGCUUCCUUCUCACAA